AUGCCUGAGGAAAUGCACCAUGGAGAGAAGGAGGUGGAGACCUUUGCCUUUCAGGCAGAGAUUGCCCAACUUAUGUCUCUUAUCAUCAAUACCUUCUAUUCCAACGAGGAAAUUUUCCUUAGAGAGUUGCUCUCUAAUGCUUCUGAUGCACUGGACAAGAUUCGCUAUGAGAGCCUGACAGACCCUUCCAAGCUGGACAGUGGGAAAGAGCUGAAAAUUGACAUCAUCCCUAACCCCCAGGAAUGUACUUUGACUCUUGUGGACACAGGCAUCGGCAUGACCAAGGCUGAUCUCAUAAAUAACUUGGGAACAAUUGCCAAGUCUGGUACCAAAGCCUUUAUGGAGGCUCUGCAGGCUGGUGCAGACAUCUCCAUGAUUGGUCAGUUUGGUGUUGGCUUUUAUUCUGCCUAUCUGGUGGCAGAGAAAUGUUUAAUCUUAAAAAACACCAAAACCAAAAAAACAGGUCCCGGCGCGGCCGACCCAGGCCCGCGAAGCCAUGGGCUCCCUGACCCUGCCGCCGCCAGUGCGCGUCUCCAGGAGGAGAAGGUGUCUUCUCCUGGCUAUAUCAGUGAAGUAAGCAGCUGCAAGUUAGAUGAAGACAGCACUGGUAAAUUAAAAGACAGACAGAGCAGUGAAGUCUUGGUGCAUAAAAAUGACCUUCAAAGUGAGGGAUUAAAGAGAACUGAGAGCCGGAGCAGAACAGCCAGUGGCGGGGAGCCCCGCUGGUCUCACCAGGGACCUCUCCCUCCAGGGGACCCAGGAGGGAGCCACAGUGGGGACAAGGCUGAUGGUGCCAUCAAUGGGGUUGGCCCCACUGCUGCUUUGCAACCCACUGGGAAUCCCAGGCCCCAGUACGGUGGUGAGAACUCCUCGGACAAUACUGCCAAUGACAGUCUCCCGAUGCUUCCCUUCCUUGAAGGAGCGGACCCCAGGAAACAGGAUGCUGUAGACAGUAGUGAUCAUGAAGAAAAGGAUUGUCUUUUCCAGAACCAUGCAGAAAAUAAACAUCUGGAUGACAUUGUCCUUCAUGGCAUGGAUCCGUCUACCAGGGAGAGGUGGGAUUCGUUGAGCGAGGGCAUGGCAACAGAAGUUCUAAGUGGCUCCUUUGAAGUGGAGGACAUUGCUCAUGCUGUGCCUGUGGUUGAUGCUAAAAGUGUACAGGAGGGUGUCCAUGGCUGCAGUGGGGAUGGGAAUGGAGAGAUGGUGGAGGAGGAUGCAGCAGUGGUGGAAGCACUUGCUGCUCUAGAAGCUGUUACUGCAGGAGAAGAUACUGAUGAGGUAUAUUAG